AUGAAUCGGCAAUUGCUGAGAGAAGAAAUUCAGAAAAUUCUUCAACGUUGGCACCAACUACGAAAUCAGUUUGGUGAACAUGCGGUAAAUGUUCCUGAGUUUGCACAUUUAAGCAAGAUAAUUAAAUUUCUUCAACAGCAAAAUCAGCAAGCUCUUCAAAGACAACAGCAGCAACAACGUCAGGGGGGACAAUAUGGCGCGCAAGAAGCUCAGCAAAUCCCUCACAAUGGUCAGGUAAGCAAUGUUCCUAAUCCAGGUAUACAACAUAACCCAAGCAUCAAUGGUAUGCCUCCCAAUAAGAGUGUCAGUCCAAAUAUGCAAGUGAAUAUUCCUAAGGGCCAGGGGAUCGGUGGUACUCCUCUGAAUCAACCUCAAGGGUUUCCAAAUAAUUCCAAUAGUGCCGCGGCACCGCUGUUUCUUAAUAAUUCACAAGAUGGUUCAGCUUUUACUCCUCAACAGUUUCAACUAGUGAAGGCCCAGUAUCAAGCACUUAAGUUUUUAGUAAAAAAUCCAAAUUCCAGUGGACAACCGAUACCGCAAAAUCUCAUAGAUUUUAUUACAAAUGACAGAUCUGCUUUUCCCGAUGGUUCUUACUUACCCUCUGUUAAUGGACAAUUUCAACAAUUACACGCGUCACCAGAUAUUGCUCCCAACAAACCAGGUUCUCCAAAUUUUCCCAUGAAUAAUCAAUCCCCUGCUACUUUUCAAUCGAUUCCUCAAGGGCCUCCACUCCAAAGUGACCCUUCUUUCAUUGCGAAGGGCAUAAGACAACAAAAGAACUUAAAGAAUGAAAGUCCUAACCUACCAUAUCGCAACCUGCCGUCUGUGAGGGCUCCUUCAGUCUCAAGUUAUCAGGCUAGCAAAGGUAAGGCAAAUACAUUGGAGCCGGUAUAUAUGACCCCUGAACCCCCUGUGAAUAUAAAAGACCUAAUCCCUAAUAAGGAAAAAAAUGAUAAGGUGAUCCUUCCAAUUAAUAAGCCAAAUGUUCAAGUUGAUUGUUUCGAGGUACCGAGCAUCUCUGAUGAUGUUGACGUUGCAUUUAGUGCAUUGUAUGCUCCUCAGAGCCGAUUUCAAUUUCCAUUUGUUUUACCAGAAACCUUUCAUAUGGAAAAUAUAAGAUAUAACAGAGAAAUAACGAUUCUCCUACAGAUUGAUCAGAGGCUAUCAUCAUUGAAGGAACGAUUGGCAGAAAUUACGGAUGAUGAACUGGAGAAGGAGGAACUUAAAUCGGAAAUCGUUAAAUUAGAACUUCUCCCGUUUCAAAAGACAUUGAGAGGCAAACUUUUGUCGCAUGUUUGGUUUGGCCAAUCUUUACUUCCUAACUCACAUCCAAAUUUCUUAGCAAAGUUCAAUAAUCUUUCUCUUGAUGGAGUCCAUGCUACUCGUGAAUUAUAUCGGCAUCAAUUGGAUUCAUUAGUUCAGGAACAGAACCAAAAGCACCAUAGUUCAAUUCGCCAGAUUCUAUCAAGCUCAGAGAAGCGAUCCUUCAAGUUUCAACGGAAGAAGGAAAAGAGUGAGAGGUUCUUUUCUAAGAUAGCUAGUUUUCACAACCAUGCUGCCAAGGAAGAACAAAGGAAGAUUGAAAGAAUGGCAAAGCAGCGUUUGCAAGCCUUGAAGCUGAAUGACGAGGAGGAGUAUUUGAAAUUAUUAGAUCACACGAAAGAUACUAGAAUUACACAUUUGCUUAAACAAACUAAUCAGUUUUUGGAUUCUUUAGCGAGGGCUGUUCAAAACCAGCAGAAAGAGGGCAGGGUUGAAAAAGACGGUAAUCAGCUCGAACCUGUAAUUAGUGAAGAUGAAAAGAGGGAAAAGCUUGAUUAUUAUCAUAUCGCUCAUAGAAUAAAAGAAGAAGUUACGAAGCAACCAUCUAUUUUAGUUGGAGGCACCCUUAAAGAAUAUCAAAUAAAAGGUUUACAGUGGAUGGUGUCAUUAUUCAACAAUCAUUUGAACGGUAUAUUAGCAGACGAAAUGGGUCUUGGUAAAACAAUUCAAACGAUUUCUUUGGUCACGUAUCUUAUUGAGGCAAAGCAUAUACCGGGUCCUUUUUUGGUCAUAGUACCUCUUUCAACUUUAACUAACUGGAACUUAGAAUUUGAAAAAUGGGCACCAAGUGUUAAGAAAAUUACCUACAAAGGUACACCAAACCAGCGUAAGGUGUUACAAUACGACAUUAAACAAGGAAACUUUCAAAUACUUUUAACUACAUUCGAAUAUGUCAUUAAGGACAGAAAUCUACUUUCUAAAAUCAAGUGGGUCCAUAUGAUAAUCGAUGAGGGUCACAGAAUGAAAAAUGCCAAUUCAAAGUUGUCAGAGACUUUGACUCAUCAUUAUCAUAGCGAUUAUCGUUUAAUUUUGACUGGAACUCCUUUACAAAACAACUUACCAGAGCUUUGGGCUCUUUUGAACUUUGUCUUGCCAAAGAUUUUCAACUCUGUUAAAUCUUUUGAUGAGUGGUUUAAUACUCCUUUUGCAAAUACUGGAGGACAAGACAAGAUUGAGUUGAGUGAAGAAGAGACGCUAUUGGUUAUUAGGAGAUUGCAUAAAGUUUUAAGACCAUUUUUAUUAAGAAGACUUAAAAAAGAUGUCGAAAAGGAUUUGCCGAGCAAGGUCGAAAAAGUCGUGAAAUGCAAAAUGUCUGCUUUACAGUCAAAGCUUUAUCAACAAAUGCUUAAGUAUAAUGUUUUAUUCGCUUCAGAUCCUAAUAAUGAAGAUGUUCCGGUGAUGAUCAAAAAUGCAAAUAACCAAAUCAUGCAAUUACGUAAAAUUUGCAAUCAUCCUUUUGUUUAUGAAGAAGUUGAAAACUUGAUCAAUCCCACGGUCGAAACAAAUGAUCAGAUAUGGAGAGUUGCUGGUAAGUUUGAAUUAUUAGAUAGGGUUUUACCGAAAUUUAAAGCAACAGGUCAUCGGGUUUUAAUCUUUUUUCAGAUGACUCAGAUUAUGGACAUAAUGGAAGAUUUCUUAAGAUUGAGAGGGCUUAAGUACAUGAGACUAGAUGGUGCCACUAAAGCUGAUGACAGAACGGGAUUAUUGAAAUUAUUCAAUGCUGAGAACUCUGAGUAUUUUUGUUUUCUAUUGUCUACUAGAGCUGGUGGCUUAGGUUUAAAUUUGCAAACCGCGGAUACCGUCAUUAUAUUUGACACUGAUUGGAAUCCACAUCAGGAUUUACAAGCACAAGAUAGAGCUCAUCGAAUCGGUCAAAAAAAUGAAGUCAGAAUUUUGAGGCUCAUCACAGAGGACUCUGUUGAGGAAAUGAUUUUGGAAAGAGCUUAUGCUAAACUAGAGAUCGACGGAAAAGUCAUUCAGGCAGGUAAGUUCGAUAACAAAUCUACAGCGGAGGAGCAAGAGGCUCUCUUGAGAGCAUUAAUUGAAAAGGAGGAUGAAAGGAAACAGAAAGGAGGCUACGAAAAUGAUGAUGAUUUGGAUGAUGACGAGCUUAAUCAAGUUAUUGCAAGAAACGACGGUGAAAUAGAGAUUUUCAGGAAUCUAGAUGAAGCCAGAGCAAAGGAGACUAGGGAUGCAUCAUACCCCACAAGAUUAUUUCUGGAGCAAGAACUUCCCUCUAUAUACAAGAGAAAUCCUGAUGACUUUUUGAAAAGGGAUGAAAUUCUUCAAGAGUAUGGUAGAGGGUCGAGGGAGAGAAAAGUAGCAAUGUAUGAUGACAACUUGACGGAAGAGCAAUGGUUAAAAAAAAUUGAUGGAAUGCUCUCUGACGAUAGCGAUGAUGACAGCUCAAGACAGAAACGUUCUAGAGGUCUGCGUGGUAAAAAGGCGAAAAUCUCUGAGUAUAAUAGUGAUGACGAAAGUACUACUCAAACUGAGCCUGGCUCCAGAAAUUCUUCUAAGAGGAAACUAAUGGGAGAUGAUUAUCAGUCUGAUUCGAGUUCAUCUAAGAAACAGAAAUCUACAACUCCUGCAAUAAGGAACAGAUCUCAAGGACGUUCAAGGGCAUCUAAACCCUUUAACAGAACGACGCCUUCUGUUGACCCAUUGACUUCAGGUGAACGGUCGAGUCUACAGGAUAUUGCAGAAGCAAUAUAUGAAUCAGUGAUGACUUAUCAUGAUGAGGAUGGUCGCUCAUUGAGUGAUAUAUUCCUAGUGAAGCCUUCCAAGAAGCUUUAUCCCGAUUAUUAUGUUUUGAUAAAGCAUCCAAUUGCGCUAGACGUUGUAAAGAAGAGGAUUAAUACUAAUUGCUAUGUUCAUGCGAAAGAACUCUUGGAAGACUUCCAUUUGAUGUUUAGUAACGCUAAGGUCUAUAAUGAAGAAGGAUCGAUCGUAUAUCAAGAUGCUGUGACUCUUGAAAAUUUGGUAAAAGAAAAAUUUCAAGAAUUGUCUAGUUUGGAUCGGGAACAAGUUGAAGAAGCUCUUGAUUUCACUGAGUUUGAUGAAAAACUAGGGCUUAAUCCUGUGGUGUCUAAUAAUGCCAUCAAGCAGCCACUCCGGACGCAGACGGAAGAUAUCGAUUUAAGCGAUUCUAAAAGUCCACUGGUUGGAAUCUAA